AUGUCAAAACUUCCUGAAGAUGGCAAUGUUUUUGAUCAAGUAACUCUUGUAAUUAAUGUAGACAGUGAAGAAGCAGUAGAAGAUGAACCAACAGAAAUUGAUGAUGAAGAAGUUGUCAAUACUAUUAUUGAGACAUGUAUCCCUUCUAUUUCACCACCAACUUCUACAGAUAAAGCUGAAUGUAUUUUAAAGUGGCCAACAAUUGGCAAGGACGCCAUUAAUGAAUUUAAAACUCCAGGGUACAUUGCUAUGGCUUUCCCAACUCUGUUUCCUUUUGGUAAAGCAGAUUUAAGGAACCCAAGAGAGCAUAACAUUACACCCAAACAAUAUUUCAAGCAUUUAAUGAAUUACCAAGAUGGACGGUUUGCAAAACAUCCUCGUUUCAAAUAUUUUGCUCGCAAUUCUGAAAUGCGAUGGAAUGCAUUGAAAUUCGGAGGUGUAUUUGUUAAGAAAAAUUCUGAGUUUCAAGACAUGGAUAUGGAUCAAUUACAAGAAAAAUUACAACAAAACCCUGCCUUGCUGAAGAAAAUUUUAUUUUAUAACUCUAGUUUACGUGGUACACGACUAUAUUGGUAUGCUAGGGGCCAAGAAUUGCUUACUAUGAUAGAGCAGCUUGGUUUACCAACGCUUUUCUUCACACUUUCUGCCGCUGACUUACAUUGGCCAGAAUUAUUUCUUAACAUAGCUCCUGAUGAAGACUUAAGUACAAUGACUGAAUCAAGACGCAGAAAACUCAUUGAAGAGAACCCUUUAAGAGUGGAUGCCUUGUUCUUAAGACGUGGAGAAAACUUUAUUAAUCAGGUUUUAAAGGAAAAAUAUGAUAGGUUCACCUCAUAUUCACGGUGUUUUAUGGUUAAAAAUGCUCCCAAGUUUGAAGAUCUGACCAAGGAAACACCUCAACGUAGACAAGAAAUAGCCGAUUACUUUGACAAAUUCAUAUCUACCACUCAUCCUGAUAUACAUUGCCCUAAAGGACCAAUUUACCCCUGUCGCAAGCGCUUAUCCGAAGUUGUUGACCUCGAAAAAGAUUUAGCAGAAUUACUAAAUCGAGUACAAAGGCACACCGAACACAGAGAUGGGUACUGUAUGAGGACUAAUAAGAAGACAAAGAAGAAAGAGUGCAGAUUCAAAUUUCCUAAAGAACUGGCAGAUAAAACUGAAAUAAGAUAUACAGAAGAUAAUGAUCUGGAACUAAUUACAGCUAGAAAUGAUCCAUGUCUCAACAAGAACAAUCGAUAUUUCAUUCAAACAUGGCGAGCUAAUAUUGAUGUUUCUCCUGUUCUGUCAAAACAAGUUAAGUCAAAGGAAUUGACAGAAAUUCUUCAAAUAAUUAUGAAUAGAAAUAAUUCUGACAAGACUGUCAAAUCUAUAAUUCAGCAGUUUUACAUUCAGUCAUGUUGUGAACGUGACAUAUCUGCACAAGAAACAUGCCAUUUGUUGAUGGGGCUUGAAUUGACAUCAAACGAUGGAAGACAAUUUGUUUCUAUCAAUUUUAGAGUGCUGGACUCAGAUGGAUGGGGAAGAAAACGGUCUCCAGGAAAAGAAGCUUUUGUACAACUUUAUCCAAAGCUUAACAAAAGUACACUAAACAGUGACCCAGAGGCCUACUACAGACAAAUAGUUCUUCUUUUUGUGCCGUGGAGAUAUGAAGAUUCAUUUAUGCAACAGUAUAAUUCCUGGGAAGAGGCAUACAAAGCCAAUGAACCAUUAAUUAUUGACAGUUUCAAACCUGCAUGUGAUCUUGAUGGAAAACAACCCGAUGAACCUGAAUUUGAGGAUUUGGAUGAUGGAGGCACAAUUACAACAGAACAAUGGAUGUGUGUUUCCAGGAUGGGUCCAUCGAAUUCUGCAGAAAAAUUGAGCUAG